CAUAAUCCACAUCAGUACUGCUCUGCAAAAACAUACCAACACAUUUCUUCUCUUCUUCGACAUCACUACUUCUUUCUGUCUGACGUUUAAAUUUCCAUCAAAGCUCUCUGGAAGAACUGGUUGCAUGCCAAGGAAAGGAAUGAGGACCGUCUUCUUCAAAUCCCCAUCUCCUACUAGGAUCACUCCUCCUGCUUCUCCACUUCCCCAUACUUUUUCCGAGUCUUUAAUGGAGGAAAACAUUGAAGUUGCCGAAUUCGUCAUCACUAAAUGGGACUCCUUAUCGGAAAGCAAUUCAUCCCACUGUAACAUCGGUUCUCUUUUCUCCGACGACAAUCGGGAAGAAGCGAAGCUGUACUUGAGUUCCGUUAAGGGUCUGCAAAAAGCCAUGCAAUACUUGGCUUCACACCAAGCAAGUUCCGAGAAACUUGUCCCAGCUCAGACACUGAUGCAGACUGCCAUGAAACGGCUCGAGAGGGAGUUUUACCAAAUUUUAAAGUCGAACCGGGAUUAUCUUGACCCGGAAUCCGUUUCUACUCACUCUUCUGCCAGACCUUCGACUUCGAGGUCUAGCUUUUCAGACUUCGAAAAUGAGUCUGAAAACGAGAGGGACGAGGAUGAGUCGAUACCCGAGGUCGAGAGAGUUUCCCUAGCCGCAAUGACCGAUUUAAAAGCCAUUGCCGAUGCCAUGAUAUCAGCUGGGUACACAAGGGAAUGCCUCAAAAUUUACAAGAUUAUUCGGAAAUCGAUCGUCGAUGAAGCUCUUUAUCAUCUGGGAGUUGAAAGUUUGACUUUUCAGCAGAUUCAAAAGAUGGAUUGGGAAGUCUUGGAGCUUAAGAUUAAGAAUUGGUUAAACGCUGUUAAAAUGGCGGUUAAGACCCUGUUUUAUGGAGAGAGAAUCCUCUGUGAUCACGUGUUUUCGGUUUCGGAUAAGAUCAGAGAAUCUUGUUUUUCUGAGAUUUCGAAAGAAGGAGCUUUGGCGUUAUUUGGAUUCCCAGAAACUGUAGCAAAGUGCAAGAAAACUCCCGAGAAAAUGUUCCGUAUUUUGGAUUUGUACGAGGCUGUUUCCGAUCUUUGGCCCGAGAUUGAAUCAAUCUUCAGCUUCGAAUUAACCUCAACCGUCCGAUCAACCGCCGUUAACUCCUUAAUCAGGCUCGGUGAGGCCGUUAGAACGAUGUUAACGGACUUCGAAAUGGCGAUUCAAAAGGAUUCAUCCAAAUCGACUCUCGCAGGCGGUGGAAUACACCCUCUUACACGCUACGUUAUGAAUUACAUCAGUUUCCUCGUCGACUAUAGCGGGAGUCUCUCCGACAUCCUUGCAGAUUGGCCGUUAACGAUUCCAUCUCCUUUACCCGAGUCUUACUUCGGCAGCCCCGACAACGAGGAGAGCAUUUCAUCGCCGAUUUCGGUCCGUUUAGCUUGGCUCAUCCUCGUCAUGCUAUGCAAACUGGACGGGAAAGCCGCGAUGUAUAAAGACGUGGCGCUUUCUUAUUUGUUCUUAGCAAAUAAUCUCCAAUACAUCGUCGGAAAAGUCCGCCAAUCGAAUCUGAAGUUCCUUCUAGGUGACGAUUGGGUCACAAGGCACGAACUGAAAGUGAAACAGUAUGCCACGAAUUACGAGAGGGUGGGAUGGAGCAAAGUGGUCGCGUCACUGCCUGAAAAUUCAACGGCUGAGAUUCCAGUUGAUCAAGUGAUAGAUCAUUUUAGAAAAUUUAAUUCAGCCUUUGAAGAAACAUACACAAAACAAACUUCUUGGGUCAUAGCCGACCCGAAACUCCGAGAUGACAUCAAAAUCUCGUUGGCAAGACGGAUUGUCCCGAUCUACAAGGAGUUUUUCGAGAAAUACGGCGGAAUGCAGCUGAGGAAGAAAAUGUGGGUUGAGUCACUUGUCAGAUAUACCCCUGAUGAUUUGGGAAAUUACUGGUCGGAUUUGUUUUUCGGAAGCGGAAGUUCAGGAAGUGUUUCGUCAAGUUCAAGCCGAGGUGGUCGGAGUCGUUGAAACCGACCUUUUUUCGGUGCGUGGAAAGAAUUGCCGACCACAUUGGAUUUUAGGCUCGUGUUUUGUUUUUUUGUGGAUAAUUAUAAGAAGAAUGAGGCGUGUAGUGAAUCUGAUUGACACGUGUAUAAAGAAAAGAUUAAUUCAACUCAAUUAAUACAAAAUUCUUUGAUUAAUCAUAUUAAUUAA